AUGAUGCAUGUCUAUCCUACACACCGUUCUCCUGGGUUUAAUCAUACCAAUCAUUUACAUUCUACCUAUCCAGGUUCACCUGGUGCACCAGGUCGACCUAGUGCACUAUCAACUGGUCCUACUGUACGCAGUUUAAUCCAAAGUAUUGAAAACCAGGUCAAAGCAGUACAACAUCAAAAGCGCAGUACAACAUGUGUAUCAGUCAAUAAUUCACGUCCAGUUCGUUUAUAUACUAGUAGUACAAAUAAUGGAACAAAUAACCGACAAAAUGUCGCACCAUGCUUAAGCUUAAUGUCACCGAUUGGUUAUCCUGGGAAAUCAACUACUACACCAGCCAGUAACAAUGGUGGUGGUGCUGUUAUUACACCAAAACCAAGAAUAACUAUCACUGAUCCUGUUAUCCCAUCAGAAAUUAAUUGUAAGGUAAAGAAUCAAGAGAACACUGAUUUAAGCCUGAUUCAUACCUCCGCACCUGGUGGGCCGAGUUCCUCUAUGCUUAAUAACAGUCAAAAUACAAUGAAGAAAUAUUCAACAGAUAAUGGUCAACGUAAUCUUAAAACACCAUUGGGUACAUCAACGAUAAUGAAUUCUUCUGGUACAACAGUAUUUUCCAGUUUAAAUCAAUUUACUAAAACGGAUUCGAAGGAUGUUGUACUCAGACGAAAUAAUAGUAUAUGUGGACCAAAUAUGAAAAGUGGAUCGAUAAAUAAUAACUUGAUUGGAAGUCCUAUUAUUGAAAGUGCUUCAAUACCAAGUGUUGUCCAGUCAUUUAACUCCGAUACAGCUACCUCUGGAUCGUGUGAAAGUAGUAAAAAUGAUUCGUCAAAACAUAAAGAAUCACCUCCUAGAAAGCUAGAUUUCGUCGGUUUACGGCGUUUCACAUCUACAGCAAUACCGGAUAGUAAUAAUGUAAAAGCACAUCAUAAUACUAAUACCAGUGAAAAUGUCAAUCCAUAUAUGAAUGAAUCGGGCAUUUCAUCAGCUAAUGUCAAUGAAGGCUUGUUAUCUAGUGAGUCAUCCAAUGAUCAUUCAAACUCAUCUAACUUUCAUACUAUUCAUCAAGUAUGGCAAGAUCCAUUACAAGAGCUAGCUAGAUUAACUGGAGCUGGUUCAAAGCGUAAUGCCUUAUUGCGUUGGUGUCAAUCACGUGUACUGGGCUAUCCAGGUGUAGAGGUGACUAAUUUUUCCAGUUCUUGGAAUAAUGGUUUGGCGUUCUGUGCAUUACUACAUACUUAUGUCCCGUCAAAAAUUCCCUGGAGUGAUUUAAUUACAUCAAAUGGUUUACCGGUUGAUAAACGACGCUGUUUUGAAGUGAGUUAUCAGUUUUAUGAACUAGUUCGCGACAUAUACACUAAUUUGUGGAUUAUACCACUUCGCUUCCACGAAGUCGUGCCAGCUAAAUAUAAAUAA